AUGAAACAGUGAAAGUCAAAGAUGGAAAUGUCUGAAGAAAAAGAUUCAGCAAGAACUUCACCAGAAAGACUACAAAAGCUCAUCUCCCAGGAAUGUGAGUUAAUCAAUACCAGUGAUCCUGAGGACCAGAUAUUGAGGCACUGUGUAAGCCCCUUAGAAGAUGCAGUGAAACAUCUCCCAUCCCACGAGGGAGUUAUCAGGGAAGUGAAUCUCAUCCCCAAGAAAUCCAUCGCUGGAGACCAAGGAUGCAAUGGAGAAAAAAUACUUUCUGCAGAAGAAAGAUCCCAUAGAUAUGAGGUCUGUGGCCAAAACUUCAAACAGAAGACAAGACUGACUGAACAUCAGGAAGUUCAUAACAUAAAUAAGAUCUAUGAAUGUAAGGAAUGUGGAAAAAUCUUUAACCGGAGCUCAAACAUGAUAAUACAUCAGAGAAUUCAUAUGGGGAAGAAACCAUAUGUAUGUAAUGAAUGUGGAAAAGACUUUAAUCAGAGUUCAAAUCUUAUUAUACAUCAGAGAAUCCAUACAGGAAAGAAACCAUACAUAUGUCAUGAAUGUGGAAAAGAUUUCAACCAGAGCUCUAAUCUGGUUAGACAUAAAAGAAUUCACAAUGGUGAAAAUCCCUAUGAAUGUAAAGAGUGUGGAAAGGCCUUUAAGGGAAGCACAAACCUUCUCCUACACUUGAGAAUCCAUAAUGGAGGGAAACCCUAUAUGUGCAGUGAAUGUGGAAAAGCCUUCAAUCAAAGCUCAGAUCUUAUUAUACAUCACAGAAUUCACACUGGAGAGAAACCCUAUGAAUGUUAUGACUGCGGACAAACGUUCAGUCAAAGUUCACACCUAGUUACACAUCAGAGAAUUCAUACUGGAGAGAAACCCUUCAAGUGUAAUCAGUGUGAAAAAGCCUUCAGGCAGCAUUCUCGUCUUACUGAACACCAGAGACUUCACAGUGGAGAAAAACCCUAUUUAUGUCAAGAGUGUGGGAAAUCCUUCAGUGGUCACACAGCUUUUCUUAAACAUCAGAGACUACAUACUAUAAAGAAACUUGAAUGUGAAAAAGCUUCCACUUUUGACUUGGACCUUAUCAGACAACAGAAAAUUCAUAAGGAAGAAAAACCUUACAAAUGUACUGAAUGUGGGAAAACUUUCUGGGGAAGUUCAGAUCUAAUUCGGCAUUGGAUAAUUCAUACAGGAGAGAAGCCCUAUGAAUGCAGUGAAUGUGGGAAAGCCUUUAGUCAGAGGUCACACCUGAUUACACACCAGAAAAUUCAUACAGGAGAGAAGCCCUAUGAAUGCAGUGAAUGUGGGAAAGCCUUCAGACAGCGUUCCCUCCUUAUCCAACAUCAGAGAGUCCACAAUGGUGAGAGACCCUAUAAAUGUAAAGAAUGUGGAAAAGCCUUCAUUUGGCACACAGCCUUUCUAAAACAUGAGGGACUUCAUAUCAUACUGGAGAGAAACUUGAAGAAUGUGAGGAAGUCUUCAGCAAGAAUGAGGAACUUAGGAAAGAGCAGAGAAUUCACCAAGAAAAAAACACUUCACAGUAUAAUCAGAGUAGUAGAACUUAUAGAGGCAGCUCUGACCUUGUCAGACAUCAGGAAGCUCAUAUAG